AUGUCAAACUCCGCAGAUCGUUGUCGUCUGUGCCUCAUGUCGUCGAAGAAAAAUCUCGUUUCCAUCACAAGCAACAGCAGCUUAUCAAACUUGGUUCAAAAUUUGCUGCGAUUGACACUUUUUCCGGAACAUGACCUAAUUUGCGCGAAAUGUUGCACCAAAAUGGAAACAUUUAACGAGUUCAUGAAAGUGUGUCAUGCCUCGCAAAAAGUACUCGUCGACGAAAAAGAGCUCAAAGUUGAAAAAAGUGCAACGCGAACCCGCAAACGACGCGAACAACCUGUUGAAAAGUCACCAAAGAAAGCGAAAAAUGACAAAAAACGUACAACCACGGCGAAUAAUAACAAUAAUGAUCCCGUACCUGAAGCUCCUCCCUCCGCAAGUUCCGAGCCCAAAAUUACCGCGUCAUCACAAACAUUCCAAUGCACCGAGUGUCACGAGAAUUUCUGGUCAAAAGUUGCCUUAGACGUGCAUAUGCGUCAACAUUAUCACAACACGAACGAGCGAUGCGCUCAUUGCUUCGCCAUCUUUAAAACGCCUUACGAGCUAAAAGUGCACACGAGAAUUCACGUCAACAACAUUGUGGGCGGCAUGAAAGCCGCGUUCCAAGAAAUGAUGGACAAACAAGUGAAUUUAUAG